AUGUGUUUUAGUUUCAAGAAGAAAACGAAAGCAGUCAACCAAGAUCGACGAAAAAGCAACUUCGAGUAUCUAGAGUUUCUGGAAGUUCACGCAGAAAUUGGCAUCCAGUCUCGGAAGGAAGGUGGCUACACGUUUUUGGAGAAAAGCUAUGCGCCCCGACGCCUGAUGGGCAAUGUGGAGUUAGGGCCCUACAUGGAUCGGCCUUAUAAUGUUAUUGAAGAUGAAUAUUAUGCUCACGAGCUUCAAAUUUUUAGGCCAGGAACGUGGAAACGUUAUGAAGCAAGUGCUUUUCAAACGAUACGGAUAAAUAUAGCGAGGGCUACGUGUUCAAAGGUUCACCUGAUGUUACACAGAAAAUCAGGAUAUUUGGGCAUCAUGAAAGUUAUUCCUGGUCAAAAGGGCUCGCAGGCUCGGGGAGAACUAAACAUACUCUCAGUCACCAGAGAAUCACCUUUCCUGGUCCGCCUUAUCGAUGGAUUUUUGUCUAGUCCCAGCCCUCCGACAGAAGCGACGCCGGAAAAUACUAACUACUACUUAUUCAUGGAAUAUGCCCCUUUCCGAACACUGGAUCACUUGACUCAAGCUGUGAAAGGCGUGGGUUCAAACAAUGCCAAAUUGUACGCUUUGGAAAUUGCUUGUGCCUUGGACUUUCUUCAUCAAAGGAACAUUAUACACAGAGACAUCACACCGGAGAACGUUCUAGUCCUUCUGUCUGGUCACGUGGCCUUGGGAGACCUGGGCGCAGCAAUACACAUGGAUGGUCCAACAAUAACCAAUAGAGUCUGUGGAUCGUACGUCACCCGGCCACCCGAGGUCUGGAACAAUGAAAAUUAUUCAUUCCCUGUUGAUAUAUGGGAAUUUGGGGCUACACUGUAUUAUAUUAUUUCUAAUAUGUGGCCGUUCGUUCACGCGGUUAGAGAGAAGCAUAUUCAGCAGAUCUUAUCUGGCAAGAUGCUGUUCAACUCCAGCUUCAGUGAGGUCGCAAUAGAUUUACUAACUAAAAUUAUUCAGAUCCAGCCCAGCUCGAGACCCACCCCGCAAGCAAUAAUAAAGCAUAAAUAUUUCGAGGACAUCAAGAGCCCUUACACGCCUCCGUUUACGCCUCACGAACUGCAAGAGAUGUACCAUUUCGGAGAUGAAGAGGCUUUGGUCAGAGAACUAGUCGCACAACUCAAGUAG